AGCCCAAAGGAGUUCCGAACGACCGAUGUCUGCAAUGAAAUCAACAAGCAGUGCUCUUUCAAAGAUAUUUCUGAGAACUUUUCUAGAAAAUUAUAAGCAAAAUGCAUUGCCAACAUGCUACAGAUGUCUUUCAUCAGCUGCGCCAAACUCCAAACAAUCAUGGACUGAUAAAUACAAGACGAAAAAGAAAAAAAUACGAGAAAAAAGUGAACAUGUGACAGUUAACCAACAUGCAGUGUUUGCAAACAAUGAGACAUCAUUAAAACACAUCAAAGUUUAUGGUUUUGACUACGAUUACACAUUAGCUUCUUACAAACAAGAAUUACACAGUUUGAUCUUCCGUCUGGGAAAAGAUGCAUUAGUUCACAAGUAUAAGUACCCUAAAGAUAUACUCAAAUUUGAGUACAGUGCAGAGUUUGCUGUACGUGGUCUCCACUAUGACAUUCGCAAGGGUCUACUGAUGAAAUUAGAUUCAUUUCAUAACAUACAGCUUGGAACAGUUUACAGGGGAAUGCAAAAGGUCUCAGAUGAGGAAGUAAUAAAACUUUAUGAUGGAACCCACGUGGCACUAGAAUCUAUGAACACAUUCUAUGGACUGGGUCCAAUGUACCAGCUUGUUGACCUGUUUGCACCCCCUGAAAUGACGUUAUUAACCGAAGUCAUUGAGUAUUUCAGAGAGAACGACAUUCAGUAUGAUCCAGAAUAUGUCUUCUAUGACGUUAGGGGUGCUGUCCAAGGGAUCCAUUCCAAUGGAUUGCUACAUAACAGUAUUUUAACCAAUUUAGAAAAAUAUUUAGAAAAGGGACCUAAAGUGAUGUCUCUUCUUGAAAAUUUGAUGAAGUCUGAUAAGAAACUGUUUCUGAUAACUAACAGUGGAUUCCCUUUUGUAGAUGCAGGCAUGACUUACAUGAUGGGAAAUGACUGGAGAGAUCUGUUUGAAGUUAUUAUCUGCAAUGCAAGAAAACCAAAAUUCUUCAAUGAAGCUUCAAGGCCAUUUAGAAUUUAUGAUCCUUCACUUGAAAAUGUGUCAUGGGACAGAGUAAAUACUCUCAUAAAAGGCAAGGUUUAUCAAGAGGGCAAUUUCUUCCAACUAAGACAGAUGACAGGCUGGUAUGGAUCUAAAGUUUUAUAUUUUGGUGACCAUGUUUACAGUGAUUUAGCAGAUCCAUCCUUAAAGUAUGGCUGGAGAACCGGUGCAAUUAUUCCUGAAUUAGAGACAGAAAUAGAAAAGUCCAAUACUUUGAAGUUCCAGGUAGCUGUCCAUUGGUUGUGUUGUUUACAGGAUCUGAUAGAAGAAUCUCAGGAGGAUAGAGACCCCAGUGUUACAAUACUCAGAAAUGAGUGGUUAAAAGAAAGAGAUGAGUUAAGAGAUUACACUAAAUCCUUGUUCAAUCCACAUUUUGGAAGUAUUUUUAGGACAUAUCACAAUCCAACAUACUUCAGUCGACGUUUGGCAAGAUUUGCAGACAUAUAUAUGUCAGACAUUACAGAUUUACUUGAAUACUCUACAUGUCAUACCUUCUACCCAAGGAGAAUGGCACUACCUCAUGAACAUCCUCCGUAUGCUGAUUAGUAAUAAAACCUUAGAUGAUAUAAUCUACUGUGAUAGAAUAGUAUUACACUAUAGACAUGGGGGGAGCUUAGUGUUACACUAUAAACAUGUGUGGUAAUACAUAGCUUAGUGUUACAGUAUAGAAAUGUGUGGUAAAAUGUUAUAACAUGUAGAAUAAUAUUUAUAUAAACUGUGUUGUGAUGUGCCAUUGUUAUGGUUUAUGCUGGUUAGUACAAUUUUUCAAUGCUGUAAUUGCAAUUAUUAUUUGAUGAGCUCAGGGUUUAAUUUUAAGCAUUUUCCUUUUUCUUUUAGAUGUACUAUGACUUGAGUGUUCAGAUAUGGUUUAAGAAUUUAUGGAUAUCUUAGGGUUAGGAUUUUGAGUUAAGGAUGACAUGGGAAUAUUUCAACUGUCUAGGGUUUUUUAGGGUCUUUUUUGUAGCACGACAUAUUUUGUAGUAACAUUCCAGCAGCUUGUGCAUAUGGAGUAUGUUGAUACACUAUUCCAGAGUUUGCAUUUUUAAUAGAGGGUUGCUGCUUACAAGGAAAGCUACUUAACCAAGGGGACAAAGUUGAAGCCAUCCCUUUCAAAGUUAAAGGAAUGCCAUCAGGAGUUGUUGGACUAUUAUGGAAUAUUUGUGCCAUGGAUAUGUUCCAAUUGUCGUAACCACAGUUUGUGACAACACCUGAUAAUACUCAUCCAACAUCUGUACAGGAAAUCCUACUGGAGCAGGAUCAAUUUACCAGAGCACCUGAAAUUAUCCCAUUGUUUAGGUGUCUUUAUUGCUCGUUCCUUUAAAAGUGUUUUGUGAACUUUGUUUUUUGAUAUGGUGUUGCCAGUAUUUCUCUAGUUAUAGGCUUUUAAAAAUGUCCCCUUGGAGUAUUUUUUUAUAUUGUAGUUAAAGAAAACCCUGCAUUGUAAGAACUUUUUUUGUACAGCACUUUUGUUUGUAUCUGGUUAUGCCUAUUGCUAAACAUUUCAUGUAUAACAUUUUCCAACUUUUAUAAAUACACUUUCAAUGUAUAAUUGGUGAUUUUUUCAAUACCUCUAAGGUUUUAUGUAUUAUACAAUGUACAAAUUAUUCAAUCUUUUCCAUUACACUGCCAAUUUUGUACUAUGUAAUAUUUUACUUUAUUCGUGUAUCAGUAUUUGUUUGUUUACAGUUCAGAAACAUAUUUCCCUGAAAGCAUAAAUAGUUAAAAGAUAAUUCAUCUUAUGUCCAUGUUUUAAGGGUAUAUAUGUAUAAAAUAGUUUGCCAUUUUUUACAAUCUUCCUAAAAUUCAAUCCUUUAUUUGUUCCUGAUCUGACAGGAUGGGUGACAUAUCAGAAUGGUAGAAAUUAAAGGAUUUGAUUUUGAUUUUUUUUAUAAUGUAAAUUAAAUAUUCUUGGUGGUAAUGCAUCUGCUCAUAAUUAACUUCUCUAAACCUACAAAAACUUUCCAGGUCGAAUAUGUUAAGUUACCAGACGAUAUCAUUACAUAUAUAUGAAACUUGAUUUUAAGGAUUGAAAAAUUUACAUGUUUUACAACUUCAGGGGGAAAUUAUUGACUCUUUAUCAUAUGGUGUCUAUUCAAAUAAAAUUUGUUUUUCUCAUGAUCUAUUUAUGUUCAAGUUUUUAUUUUUUACAUAAAUUUACUAGUUUAGAUAUUUCCAUCCUUGAUGCAUUAUUUUUCAAAAAUUCAAAUGCAAUAAAAUAUAUACAAUGUACCUUUUUUGAUAUAUGAUUUCACAUGUUUUAUAUUGGUUUUAUGAAUUUUUAAACUUUGGGAAUGAUAGGGCAUACAUUAUAUUGUGCUUUACAUGCACGUUUAUUAAACAAUUGUUGUUUUUGAUGUUGUUUGUUAAAAUUAAAAGUAUCAAAAAGAU